UUUGUGUGAAUAUUUUUUCUUUCCCAUUGGUUCUUCCGUGUUGAAAUUUUCUUAAUUAAUUAUUAUUUUUUAUUCUAUUCAAAGCAUAUUACGAAAAGCCAACAUUAUUACAGAAAAAACAACAAUUGUUUUAUUAUACUCUGUGUGGGAAUUUAUUAAAGAAACGAAAAAAAAAUAUUUUUCAUUAGACAACAAGUUAAAGUAAAUGUAAAAUGACCAUGGGUGAGAUGCCAACACCGUCACUUGUCUUGCCCGUAAUAUUGAGACCCAUAUUUGCACAGUUGGAGCGACGAGAUGUGGGAGCUGCUCAAUCACUGCGUUCGGCAAUCUUAAAAACAGAACAAAAUAAUCCAGGAUUUUGUUAUGAUCUUAUCAUGGCCAUUACACGUAGAGCUGAACUGAAUGUCAAUCUAAAUGAAUCCGUUUUAAGAUUACAAGGAAAUUUACCAGAAUCAGAUUUAAAUGAAUAUCGCCUAACACGUACCGAAGAACCAUUCCAAGAACUAAAUCGCAAAUCAGUGGCACUCAAAGUUAUUUUAAGUCGUAUUCCUGAUGAAAUUCAAGAUCGUAAAACAUUUUUGGAAACUAUCAAAGAAAUUGCCAGCGCUAUUAAAAAACUAUUAGAUGUUGUAAAUGAAAUUGGUAAUUUCAUACCCGGCGUUACUGGCAAACAAGCUGUGGAGCAGCGCAAAAAGGAAUUUGUUAAAUAUUCGAAAAAGUUUAGUACAACACUUAAGGAAUACUUUAAAGAAGGACAGCCCAAUGCAGUAUUUAUAAGUGCCCUGUAUUUAAUACGACAAACUAAUCAAAUUAUGCUGACGGUAAAAAGUAAAUGCGAGUAGAAAAUUUAAGUGCUUAAAAUUAGUGGCAUUUUUUAUUUUAUUAUAAAUUUAUUUUUCUUUUAAAAUUUUUAAUUAAAAACAAUUAUUAUGAAAUAUUAUUUUAAAAAGAACAUAAUAAAACAAAUCUAAAAACAUUGUAAUAGAAAAAGUU